AAACAAAUUGAUUGACAAAUCGUUGCAUAAAUCCAGUGAUGAGUGCAUUGAAGCCAUUGCUGUCGAUGUCGUUGAGUGGCAUCCGAGACACGAGUGAACUGUUGCGGCCACUGGUGGCCAUCCAUCAGAUGAGUGUCCGUUGGAAGCCGUGUUACCCGCGGAUUAGAGGACCCCCUCGACCGCCACUGCCGGGCAAAAAGGUGCCGGAGCCUCACAAAUACAACUGGCUUCCCAUCUAUCCAUUGGACGGCAAGUACACGAUAUCGCCGCUCAAGAUACGAAAGCUCGCCGGAAGGGAUCCCGAGACGGGACGGGUGGUCGUCAAGACGUUGGGCGGAGGCAACAAAAAGUACUUCCGUUGGAUCGACUACAAGAAGACGCCCAAUGAGGACGGGUCCGUCGUAGAGGAGAAGGUGUUUAGCGUGCGAUACGACCCCUUAAGGACAUCCAAGUUGGCGCUCGUGGCCGGAGGAGAGAAGGUUCGUUGGAUUAUCGCAUCGGAAACGAUGCAAACGGGAGACAUAAUCCGCACGUUUUCGGCGAUACCCCGCAAUCCCGUGCGACCCAAAGAGGGCGACUCGCAUCCGGUGGGGGCCCUC